CGGUAUUCGUACGGUUAGGUUGCUGCAGUGUCCUGGCCUUAGAUAACGAUUAUGUAGUCGCUAUACGCUAUACGACGUGCGUAACAUAACCUUACACUCUGGCCUAGUGUUUACAUGUAAUAACCGAUUUUUACAAAACAGUUUACUGGCCACUAUGGUGAAAAAACUUGAAUGGAAAGUUGCUAGGUUUUUUGUUUUGGUUAUUUUCGUUUGUUUUUCGGACUUUCCUGAGGUUUUCGGACACAAGAAUUGCCAACACGCUUAUCCUAAACAUCAUGAGGUGUUACAUACUUAUGUCGAGCCUCAUCACGUGAUACGUAAACGAAAUGCAGAUCAAUCUCUAAGAAUUUUAUUGUACUACGAUCAAAGUGUCUACAGGUUGGACGAGGAACGAUUCAUGCUUAUCAAUAAUACUAUUCUUCCGGAAGCUGUAAACUUUUGGGAAAAAGCCCUGUUUGUGCGGAGGGCGGAUAAUGUAAUACGACUGACAAGAAAAUGCAGCGACUCUCAAGUAUUCGUCAAAAACGGCCAGACUCAUUGCAUAGACGUAUGUAGCGAACGCACCAUGUGCGGCGAAGUAGAAGUGCCGCAAGACCAUUUGGACGCUUGUAGAGUGUGCAACUCUACGGGACAAAACUGCGGCGUUUUUCCGGGAUCGCAAGCCGGAGACGGUAUUCCAGAUUUCGAUUUUGUCUUUUACGUGUCCGCAAUGCAAACGGAACGGUGCAACAAGUCUUUGACUGUUGCUUAUGCCAGUCAUUGCCAACAGGAAUCUGGACUUGAUAGGCCAAUAGCUGGACAUGCCAACUUAUGUCCCAACAGUAUCAGUACCAGUCGGCAAGAAUUAGAAAUUCUAUUGUCAACGGUCAAACACGAAAUUUUACAUGCUCUGGGCUUUUCGGUAAGCCUCUAUGCCUUUUAUCGGGAGAAAGAUGGAACGCCUCUUACUGAACGCAGCCCGGAAACUGGAAAACCACAUUUGAAUGAAACCUUACAAACCUACCAGUGGAGCGAAAAUGUGAUAAAAUCCUAUUGGCGCACUUGGUUCGUCAAAGACGGAUACGCCAAUCGAGAAGUCCAUAUGAUAAUCACUCCUAAUGUAGUUCGUGAAGCUAGGAAUUAUUUCAAUUGCACUGAACUAGAAGGCGCUGAGCUUGAAGAUCAAGGUGAAGAGGGAACGGCACUUACUCAUUGGGAAAAAAGAGUUUUCGAGAAUGAAGCUAUGACAGGAACGCACACUCAAAACCCGAUAAUAUCUAGAAUCACGCUGGCUCUAAUGGAAGAUACCGGAUGGUACAUUGCCAAUUACUCUAUGGCAGGGGAAAUGUCGUGGGGUAAAAAUUUGGGUUGCGAUUUUGUGACGAAAAGUUGCAAAGACUGGAUCAGUAUGAAAUCAUCAAGAGGAUUUUCCAUUCACCCGUUUUGCAAUAAAGUCAAACGGGAUCCGCUUCAAACCGAGUGUACAGAUGACAGGACCUCAGUGGCACUGUGUAAUCUUGUUGAAUAUAAACAAGAAUUACCAAAAAUAUAUCAGAAUUUCGACUCUCUCCAAGACGUCGAACCAACCAGAGAAGGUUAUUACGGUGGUUCGGUAUCCUUAGCCGAUUACUGCCCCUACAUUCAAGAAUUCACUUGGAGAUCCAACAAUGUCGUUGUCAGAGGAUCUCAUUGUCAGUACACGGAAAAUAAUCCAAAGCCCGACAAAAACUUCGCUUUAGAGAAAUACGGAGAAAAUUCUAGAUGUUUUGAACACACAAAUCACAUGUGGGAGGAAAAAUCUUGUGGUCAAUUACGUCAAUGGAUGCAUUGGGGAUCCGGGUGUUAUGGUUAUCGUUGUCAGAAUGGGAGAUUGCAUAUUUUGGUGGGAAAUUAUUCCUAUGAAUGUUACCAUAAAAACCAGGAAAUAUCUAUAAGAAUUACUAGCAACGGUUGGCUGCAUAAAGGCGGAAUUGUGUGUCCAUCUUGUAAAGAAAUAUGCGCUAAAGAAUUCGAAAGUCGAGGUGAACAUUGUAAAACAGGCGACGAAGCUCCUCCUUCGAAUUUCUAUCAACGUGAUGAGAUCCGAUGUGAUUCCAAUGUUGCCAAAGCUUUUCUACCAUUACUCGUCCUACUAGUAGCAAUUUCCAAACUAGUUUAAGUGUUGAACUGUGUGAUAACCCCCCCUUCAUUGCCCCAUUGUGUCUUAAUUGAUACAAAAAAAAAAAACUCCUGUACACAAGAAUUUAUCUGUGUCCAUAUUGCCAGAAGUGUCAUAAAUGUUUGAAAAAGCUGAGCUUUAUAAUGUAUAAAAAGACUGAUUUCUUUUUUUUUUUUUUUUUUGUUUUAGUAUAAUUUAUGACCUUGUGCUCCUUAAGAAAUAAUACUCAAUUAAUGUACAUUAUUAUUUAAAAUAUUGUGCCAUUCUAGUCUAGGUCAGCUUUGUAUAUUUUUCUAAAAAAGAAAUUGAAUUUCCUAGAUAAAGUAUUUAUAACAAUUAUUAUUAUUGAUCUAAAACACACAUUCCUGUUUUGUAAAAUAUUUAUAUUUAGGUAUUUGUAUAUUUUUUCUUUGUAUUAAGUUUAAAAUAUCUGAUUGUUGUAUAGAAAUGUUUCAAAUAAUUGCUGUUUAGUUAAGUAAUUUCAAUACGAGGGCCUAAAUCUUUGAAAAUAGGCAACAAUAAUUGUGCAAAUUUUCAACAACAAAAUUGUAAUAAGUAUGUAUUAUCUUUUGAAUUUUUGUUAGGAAAAUAAAUAAGUGAUAAAUGUUUAUAAGAGUAUAAUGGUAUUUUAUUUUCUUUAAAAAAUGAACCAAUUUUAAAAUUUUAUUUAUUGCAUUAGGUUUUGUUUCCUGAAAAUAUUCAAGGCUUGUAGUUUGAUUUGACACGCAUUCAUGGUCCUUCUGGAUCGUUAAUUCGCUUGCAAAACAUAUAUUUUUUGAAUAACCCAUAAAUGAAAAUCAGGCGAAGUUGAAUUUGGAGAUCUGGCAGGCCAUGACACACCUGUUGAAAUAAUGUUUGUUCAGAAUGACAAUCUCAUAAUUUUCAAAUAAAAAUCAAGAAACCCAUGAUUUUUUUAUUUGAAUAGUUCAUAUCAAAUUGCUUAUUAGCA